CAGUUAAAGACUUGGAAGCGACAAUAAAACAAACAUAUGGGAUCUCAAUGGACAUAAGCCUUCAGCGCAAAGACCAAGAUUUUGAUGACUUUGUUACUUUAAGUUCAAUUGAUGACCUGAAGGAUAGUGUAUGUUCCACCUGUCAUUUUGUUUACAAAUGCUGACGUUCCUGAGCUCCCAACAGAAGAUUGCUCUGUCUCCAGAUCAGUGUCAGAAAAUGACUCUGUGUCUCUACCAUCAACAUCAAGUGGGUCCAUGUCUGUUGAAUCUGAUGAGACUUUAAUACUCAGUCCCCGUAGCACUGGAAUGCACAAGCCAUGGCCAACUGAAUUUCCUAUUCCUAAGUUUUCAUAUAACACUGAACUAGUGCUUCAAAAAGGCAAUGAAAACUACCUCAUAGAUGGUUCCCUUUUGUGCAAAGAGAAGUCUUACCCUGGCGUUAAGUCCAACAUUCUGGAAUGUUUAGCUGAGCUCAUCUUUUCUUACACUCCCUACCCAAGUGAUGCACAGCGAUGUGCAGUCGCAGAAGCUCUCAUAAAAAAGAACCCAUUUUUGAAGGAGCCAGGCUCCUUCAAUGGUCUCUAUGGAUGGCAGCAGAGCCUGAAGUAUAAAGUAGGAAACUACCGAAGCAAACUUCGGGUGCAUGGGAUUCCAGAAGUCUUGGUGAACUCUCUAAAGCGCAAAUCUUCUGAAGACAAGCAACCAGCAAAGAAUAUAAAAAAACCCCGGAAAGCUGAGGUAAACUACCUGCCCUCUCACCCAGCUGGGGAAACAGAAGAUUCCCUUGAGAGUAACAGGCUGGAGUUGAUUUCUGAGAUAAAGAAAAAGAAUAACAGCAGAGUUAUAAAUGAGAUGAUGUCAAGAACCUUCAGUUUGAGAAGACAGGAGAUUGUAGGUCAAGCCCCAAGUGUUGCAGAUCUUCUAGAGAGAUGGCCUGCCCUAUUUCCACCAUCACAGAUCUGUGAAGAGUUUCUGAGAAUCAGUGGCAUAUCACUUGAGUCAACAUUUAUGUCACAGUUGGACAGGCAAACUCCAAAGCUGUUGUCACUUUUCAACGCAAAAGGAGGAGCCGUUGGUCAAAGAAUCAAGUCCCAAAUGAUGACACUUAUCCAGGAUCCAUCUGCCUCUGUGGAGAAAAGGAGAGAAGUGGUCCUGAGAUGCCUGAUUGAGUAUAUGGGGGAGAGACAGGAAGACCUCAUCAGUGUCCACCACAGUCAUGAUGAAACAGAGGUACACGCUGAGCUUGGCAGUUGCCCACUGAAAAUUUACAUGUGCCAUCAGCCCGACACGAUUGGGAUCAUCAUAGAAGGACAGCCCGUGGUCAGAGGUGUGCCAAACCUGUCGAAAGCAUGCUGCCUCCUGUUUGGACUUACCUAUGCCCUCGACCUCAAGUAUCCCUCAAAAAUGAUGUAUACUUUUGAGAUAUAUCAGAGGCUCUUUGUGGGAUUGGACCCCAUGCGUCCUAAGCCAUCAUCCAAGUAUGCAAAUCUCCUUACCAAGUUGUCUUAGAUUAUUUCUCAGUGGCAUCUGGCAUUGUUUGCCAUCAUUUGAAAAAAUGCAAUCACUUUGGUAGGUGAGUUUUUUGAUUUGAAAUAAUUAGUCUUACAGUUUUUGUUUGUUUUUGACCUUAAGACUCAUU